AUGUCGGAUUACGAUAUUGCCACUGCUACGAGCCACCUCCUAUACACUGGCAUCACUAUAUCGCCGGUGAAAAUUGUCAAUGCUCGGGGGACCUAUAUUAUAGACAGUGAUGGACGUCAAAUUCUCGACUUUACCUCGGGCCAACGGAGUUCUCUACUCGGUCAUUCCCACCCCGAAAUUGUGGAAGUGGUAAAAAACCAAAUUGAGACGGUUGAUCACUUGCACAGCACCAUGAUCACAAAGCCCGUGGCAGACCUCGUCAUGAGACUGGCUCGCUUAGUACCUUCACCUCUUGAGAAGACACUUUUGUUGAAUACGGGAUCGGAGAGCGUGGAAGCGGCGAUCAGGCUGGCUAAGGCCUAUACCGGAAAAUUUGAGGUUAUUGCUUUGACUGCCAGCUAUCAUGGUCAGACAAGCAGUGCCAGCUCCGCCACGUUCUCCAAGUAUAGAAACACCGGACUUCCAUGCAUGCCUGGUCAGCUGGCUUUCCCUGCACCAUUUGCAUACGGAUCCCCAUUUCAGCGGAAUGGGACUUACUGCUGGGAGACUGAAUUUGACUAUGGAUGGUCUAUGAUCGAUCGCCAGACCGUUGGAUCGCUGGCAGCCUUCAUUAUCGAGCCCAUUCUUUCUGGCGGCGGAAUCUUGGAGCUACCUAGCGGUUACUUGAGGCGACUGAGUGCUGAGUGCAAGCAGCGGGGGAUAGUGCUGAUUGUUGACGAGGCACAGACGGGCGUUGGCCGGGCAGGCAAGAUGUUCGCCUUUCAAGAGGAGGAAGAUUUUGUGCCGGACAUUCUUCUUUUGUCCAAGACCUUAGGCUGUGGGGUUCCUCUUGCGGCUCUCGUCACAAGUGCCGAGAUUGAGAAAGGCAGUCGACAGUCAGUUUUCUAUUGGAAUACGACGCAUCAAAAUGAUCCCUUGACUGCAGCCGUUGGGAAUAAAACGCUUGAGAUUGUCGAACGUGAUGGGCUCUGUCAAAAUUCAGCCGAGCGGGGUGCCCAGCUUAUGCAAGGCUUACUCCGACUCAAGGAGAAGUAUAGCGAUUGGAUUGGCGAUACCCGUGGUCGAGGACUUCUGCAGGGGUUCGAAUUGGUGUCAAAGCCAGGGGCCAAGAUGACUUCAAAGGAGUUGGGAGCUGCAGUAGUAGAGAAAACCUUUGCCGGGGGACUGUCGUGUAGUGUUGUUCCUUCUCCCACACAGGGAUCUGUUGUUCGCUUGGUACCACCUAUCACUAUAUCGAGUGAGGAGAUUGACCAGGCCCUCCAGAUCUUAGAUCAAUCUCUUUCAGCCGUGCUGGUGCAGUAA